AUGCAACAAAUGGCUGCCGUUGCCGCUGCAGCUCAGCAACAACAUCCACAUUCCCAACAACCAACAAAUACUUCGGUUGGACUUCAAGCUGUAAUGCAACAACAAUUACAACAAACGGCAGCUGCAGGUUCGGCGGCAACACAUCCUAUGGCUGCAGCACUUGCCCAGGCAAGUGGAAAAAAUGUAAAUUAA